AUGAGCCGCGCGACCUUCGUGACGCUCGCCUUCGUGGCCGCGCUGUGCCUGGCGGCACCCGUGGAUGCCCGCCGCCACCUGCGCCAGGUGUCCGUGUCUGGCGUCACCGGCACCCUCAGCGGCGUUACCGGCGGCACCGGUGCCGUCAGCGGUACGACUGCUGUGGUUCCCGCUGUCGUGAGCACCGGUACCGGCGCUGCCGGCGGCGCCUCCGCCGCUGGCGGUGCCGUUGUCUCCACCGCCACGACCGCCGUGGCCGGCGCCCAGGGUGCCGCUGGUAUCCUUGUCGGCGCUGGUCAGACCGCCGCUGGCGGUGCCACUGGUGCGGCUGGCUCGCUCGUCCCCGUUGCUCAGACCGCCGUCGCUGGCACCAAGGAUGCUGCUGGUCUUGCUGUGGCCGCUGGCCAGGCCGCCGUUGCCGGUGUGCAGAGCGGCACCGCGGGUCCUCUCCUGAGCGCCACCACUGGCGCUGUUGGCUCCACCGUGGCCACCGGCCAGGGCGCUGCGGGCACCAUCGCUGGCGCCACCACCGGCGCCGCCACCACCGCCGCCGGCUCCACCGUUGGCACCGCCCAGACCGCUGCUGGCGCCAUCGCUGGCGCUGCCACCACUGCUGCUGGCUCCACCGUCGGCACCGCCCAGACCGCUGCCGGCACCAUCGGCGGUGCUGUUGUCAGCUCCGGCACUGGCGCCGCUGGCUCCACUGUGGGCACUGCCACCGGCGUUGCCACUGUUGCCAAGACCACCGCCACCGGCAUCGUCACGGGCCUGUCUGGCCGUCGCCUGCGCCAGGUGUCCGUGUCUGGCGUCACCGGCACCCUCAGCGGCACCACCGCCACUGGCAUCGUCACGGGCCUGUCCGGCUGA